AUGCCAAAUUUGCGUCAAGCACAGCAGGUUGACGGUGCUUGGACGCAGCCGUCGACGCCGCGUCGACGACGUAACCUUUCCGGCUCGCCAAGCAAUGCGUCCGCCCGGGCGAUGCGCCAGCACAUCCUCCAUUCGCAGGCCUCGGUGGCUAUUGAUCAGCCCAUCCAGUACUUCGAUCCCAACCGCGCUGAUAAGGAGAUCAUGGCGUCCGAGGACUUUAGGCUUGGGGGGCCCCGCAAAUGCCUCUACACAUCUUAUCUCCGGGGUCGGCUGCGCGAGACAAGACCAUAUAGUCUAGACGACGGGACGAUACGGAGUCAGCAUCGCAAAAGCACCUUUACAACGCAGAGAGAAAAACCCUUCGUGGCCAGAGCAAUAUCAUUUGAUAAUCCAUACUUUGACGUACCUCAAGGUGAGUCGCAGUGCUCGAAUCCCCAUCCUCUGUCAGCGGAAAAGCCGUUUCUUCAUAGCAUUCAGAGCUGCACCGCUGAGGAAGACGAAUCGGAAUUGAUUGACACGACUCCCGCAUUACUCUCACCGAUGCCCAAGUCAGACCUGGUUGUCAACUCCCCUGUUACAGAGUCAACCACCACACCGCAAGCAGUACGUCGCAUCUACAAGUCCCGUCUCCAUCGAUCUGUCACUAUCGGUACGGGUGAUGAGAAGGAUGACGAAGUCGGUACUACACAAUCAAUGACACCGUCGCCCCAUCCACCAAGUGCGAGCCAAUUUCGGAGUCGUGGAAUGUCUCAGAAGACUCGUUGGACAUCACGGAUUGCAAGGAUGAAAUCGCUUCAACGAAGUCGUACAAUUGACACUCGCGUGAAUACAGUACAAUGGAAUCCCGGUUCCCUUCUUACCAGUCCGGAUAUCGACUUACAAUCAAGUGAUACGGGACCGACUGAGUAUCAGCCACUGCAAGGUUCAACAAAUAAACCUCAAAAGUGGUCGCCGAAUGAAAGUGAUCUAUCUGCAUAUCUACCUAAGCACGUUGAUCGUAGUCCAGGAGCCGUUGCUUAUAAAAAAGGACGCCUGGAUGCCGGUACACAGUAUUGUACUCCAUCCUCGUCUAUGGAGAUGGAGCAAGCUUCUUCUGCUGAGAUGGGCUCGAUAAAUCGGAGUGUAAAAGUGUCUUUGAAUAGCCCUGAUGCUGGACACUACGCAACUCAGUCCAGUGAAAUCGGUUCAGAAGCUGUGGGAGCAACAAUGGCAACUGAAGGUCAGAUUCCUUUGAAUGCAGCCGCAAUGGCAGAUGGUCAUGUCGAGGAAUUGUGCGACCCCAGUAAACAAAGUACCUCCAGCUAUCUGAAGGAGCAGUUCUUUGCCUUCUUUCAGCCUUCGGACAACAAGCUGGCUAUGAAGUUAUUCGGCAGCAAGAGCGCGCUGAAUAAAGAGAAACGCAGGCAACAACAACACGGAAAGUGGAUCAUUCACCCAUGCAGUAGUUUUCGCAGCUGUCUGAUUGACUGUUUAGUCAUUAAUGACCUUAUGCUGGAAGUAUUUAUGUCACCAGGUAUAAUUACCAACGACUACGCAGACGAAAUUAUCCUUGAUCCUAAGGAAAUCGCUCGUCAAUAUGUCCGCUCCUGGUUUUUGCUGGAUCUCAUUAGCUCAAUUCCCAUGGAUUAUAUAUUUUGGGUGCUCAACAAACACGAGAAUUACAACCAAAUCCUUACUGCAGGACGCACACUGCGCAUACUGCGGUUGGCCAAGUUACUCAGUAUGCUUCGACUCCUUCGGCUCACGAGGCUUGUUCGAUAUGUCAGCCAGUGGGAGGAGGACGCAGACUGGUUUGAGCAGUAUACCUGGGCACUAUUCAAAGCCAUGUCCCAUAUGCUCUCCAUUGGUUAUGGACGCUUUCCUCCGACCAGUAUCAGUGAAGCUUGGAUUACUAUCGUCAGUAUGAUGACCGGGGCCACCUGCUACGCACUCUUCGUAGGCCACGCUGCGGCCCUCAUUCAGUCCUUCGAUACUUCCAAACGCCACUAUCGUGAAAAAUUCAAGCAAGUUGAGGAAUACAUGGCAUAUCGCAAGUUGCCCCGAGCCCUCAGACAGCGCAUCGCCGACUACUACGAGCACAGGUACCAGGGCAAAAUGUUCGAUGAGGCGCAGAUUCUACAGGAACUCUCCGAGUGUCUAAGAGAACAAAUCAUCAAUUACAACUGCCGAGAACUCGUGGCGGCUGUGCCCUUUUUCACCUAUGCUGACCAGGACUUUGUGUCCGAGAUGGUGGCGAAUCUAAAGUUUGAAGUCUUUCAACCCGGUGACUUGAUUAUCAAAGAGGGCACAAUUGGUACGAAGAUGUACUUCAUACAAGAAGGCAUUGUCGAUAUCAUCACCAAAGAUGGAGAGAUCGCAACAACCCUCUCCGAUGGCUCCUAUUUCGGCGAAAUCUGCCUUUUGACCAACGCGAAACGCGUGGCUAGUGUACGCGCCGAGGUUUACUCGAAUCUCUAUUCCCUGGAUCGGGACAGUUUUCUGGCUGUUCUUGACAACUACCCUCUCAUGCGCCGCACAAUGGAGUCUGUGGCGGCCGAGCGCCUGAGCAAGAUAGGUCAAAACCCCUCCAUCGUAAGCGCGCGUGCAGAUUUAAAGGCCGAUCUCAGCCUAGUUAAGGAAAUCGUCAGUUCCGUUGUCGAGUCUGACGAUGGCUCGGAUAGCAGUAGCGACGACAGCGAAGGCGGAAGAAAAGACAAGGAGGAGAGAGGGGUGGGUAGAAUUCGCAGGGUAAUUCAAAUGGCGAAAUCGCGUAAGAAACCUUUGGUUUCUGAGGAACCAACAGAGACGUCUGAAGUGAUUCAAAGAGAAGAUUCUGUCAAUGAAUCCAAGUAUCUCACUGUUCCGAAGGCAGAUCCAUUGCGGAAACGGUCUCACAAUCGUGUAUUUGGAAUUAGUUCAGGUGUAUCAAAGCUGUUCAAACGUGGUGGUGUAUUUGGCGAACAUACUGACAAUGAAAGUGAAGCUUACUUAUCCUGGGAUAGAGCUCGGCAACAGAGGUUUACACGGCUUCGUUCGUCAAUCCGGCCUACGAUAAAGUGUACUCCUCUCCACCCAGAUGAUAAAAAGCACUCACUAAAUAUUGCUUCACCGGACGCCAACGAAACCUUACGCUUGGUCGGGACCAAAGAAAUAGCCCCCGAAUCCCUCAUUACUGAUCCGGAUCCCACCCACUUUGAAGCACCCUCACUUUCUCCUCUUCCUUCCCCUCCUCCUUCUCCUCCAUUAUCAUCUCUGUCGAUGCCACCAUCGCCCCCAGAACUACUUGCAAAAGAUCUGUCCCAUUCUCCAACGAAAUGA